AUGUUUAGAUCCGCCAUUCGCCAAUCUACUCGUCGCGUGGGCGCAGUGGCUCUUGGUCGUGCCGCAGCUGUCCCCCGUGCUGCCCGUGGCUACGCCAAGGCCGCCCCCACCGAGAUUUCGUCCAUUCUUGAGGAGCGCAUCCGCGGUGUCAACACCGAGGCCUCUCUUGAUGAGACUGGCCGUGUCCUGUCUAUCGGUGACGGUGUUGCCCGUGUUUUUGGUCUUAACAAGAUCCAGGCCGAGGAGCUGGUUGAGUUCUCCUCUGGCGUCAAAGGUAUGGCUCUGAACUUGGAGGCCGGCCAGGUCGGUAUUGUGUUGUUCGGUUCCGAUGCCUUGGUUAAGGAGGGUGAGACCGUCAAGCGCACUGGUGCUAUUGUCGAUGUUCCCGUUGGUCCUGAGUUGCUCGGCCGUGUUGUCGACGCCCUCGGUAACCCCAUCGAUGCUAAGGGCCCCAUCAACGCCAAGGAACGUCGCCGUGCUCAGCUCAAGGCUCCUGGUAUUUUGCCCCGCCGCUCCGUCCACGAGCCCAUGCAGACUGGUCUCAAGGCCGUCGACGCCCUUGUGCCCAUCGGCCGUGGCCAGCGUGAGUUGAUUAUUGGUGACCGUCAGACCGGUAAGACCGCCAUUGCUCUCGACACCAUCCUGAACCAGAAGCCCCUCAACGCCGGUAACGACGAGUCCAAGAAGCUUUACUGUGUUUACGUCGCCGUUGGUCAGAAGCGUUCCACCGUCGCUCAGCUUUCUCAGCUUCUCGAGGCUAACGAUGCCCUGAAGUACACCAUCAUUGUCAGCGCUACCGCCUCUGAGGCCGCUCCUUUGCAGUACUUGGCUCCCUUCUCUGGCUGUGCCAUGGGUGAGUGGUUCCGUGACAACGGCCGCCAUGCUUUGAUCAUCUACGACGAUCUUUCCAAGCAGGCCGUCGCCUACCGUCAGAUGUCUCUGUUGCUGCGUCGUCCUCCUGGACGUGAGGCUUACCCCGGUGAUGUCUUCUACCUGCACUCACGUCUUCUUGAGCGUGCCGCCAAGAUGUCCGAUACCUACGGUGCCGGCUCUUUGACCGCUCUUCCCGUCAUUGAGACCCAGGGUGGUGAUGUGUCUGCCUACAUUCCUACCAACGUUAUUUCCAUUACCGAUGGUCAGAUCUUCUUGGAGGCUGAGUUGUUCUACAAGGGUAUCCGUCCCGCCAUUAACGUCGGUCUUUCCGUCUCUCGUGUCGGUUCCGCCGCCCAGGUCAAGGCCGUCAAGCAGGUUGCCGGUUCCUUGAAGCUGUUCUUGGCCCAGUACCGUGAGGUUGCUGCCUUCGCCCAGUUCGGUUCCGAUUUGGAUGCCUCUACCAAGCAGACUCUUACCCGUGGUGAGCGUCUUACCCAGUUGCUGAUCCAGCCCCAGUACCACCCUCUGCCCGCCUCCGCUCAGGCUCCCGUCAUUUUCGCUGGUGUUAACGGUUUCCUCGAUAAGAUCGAGGUCAGCGAGGUCCAGCGCUACGAGGCCGAGUUCCGUGAGUACUUGUCCGUCAACUACAAGGAUAUCAUCGAGGCCAUCAACAAGACUGGUGAGCUCACCAAGGAGAACCUUGAUAAGUUGCGCAAGGCCACUGAGGAGUUCACUUCUUCUUUCAAAUAG